AUGGCCCAUUGUUGUAAUGACCCAUACCCAUGCUUUUACCUAUAUGGGGGACUGGCACUGGGAGUGCUCCUGCUCCUGGUCAUGAUCAUUCUGUCCACCUGUCUGUGUUGGCUCCAUCGGAGAGUAAAGAGGCUGGAGAGGAGCUGGGCCCAGCCCUUGGAGCAGGAGCUCCACUAUGCAUCUCUGCAGAGACUGCCGGCACCAGGAGGUGCUGAGAGGCCCGAGCUCAGCGAGGGAGAUGAGGAGGAUGCCAAGGAGGACCCCAGAGCUGACUAUGCCUCUAUAGCCAAGAAAAAACCCACCUGA